AUGUCCAUAGACAAAUCGCCUUCCGAUUCCCACAGGCCUAAGCCCCCGCCCGGACCGCCAACGCCAGACGACGCAUCCUCUGUCGUGUCUUAUAGGACAGAUUCGCCAGCCGCCGAUCAAGGCGAUGCGUUCGCUGCCUCUGUACGGACUUCCUCCGGGCGCAACUCGGGUGCAAACACGCGGAUCGAUAACGCGGGAGACGCGCAUGUGCACGCGCGAGGCCACGCGUCCGGUCGCUCUGCUACAGCCCCCACUCAGGAUCGCUCUAAUGCCCAAGGGGAUGCAGGUGCCCGUCCUACCGAUGCUACGCACCCCGUCAUGCCAGCGGCGACCAAUCCCCUUCCCCGACUACCCAGAGACCGGUUGAGGGAGAAUGCGCAAGCUGGACCGAGCGAGCCCCCGCCCGUGCGCCCGAGCGUGUACUCUGGCGCCAUGUGGCAGCACGAGCCAGCGCAUCGGGUAGCGACUCCGCCGCAGAGCAUCCUGGUGGGAGGAAGCGGUGCGCGAGCACGUCAGCCUGAUACUCCCCGCCGCCCGCAGUCCGGAGCCAGUACCGUGGAUGAGGGGUACACCACCGCCGUCGCACCGAGCCACGCCGGCAUCAUCGGCGAUGCAGUCUCCGUGGACAACACCCUCACCACAUCGACCUCCAGUGCAACAACGUACUCCUUCACCCGAGUCUCCAAGUCCACGCAGGCGGACUUCCACCAGGAGGAAUGCUGCAGCCGCGGCGCCUCCUCCUACCCGUCCACCCCCUCAACCGCAUACGGAGCCGGCGAUCCGAGUGCACCAGCCUCAGCCGCGGAACGAGGCGUUUGGUCGACAUCGGCCAGUGAUACCUGA